AUGGAGGUUACGUUCAAAGCCGUGAAGAAAAGUCCUGGACUGAUCAUUUGGAGAGUUGAGAAAAUGGAGCUGGUGGUCAUCCCAGAAAAAUCCCAUGGAAACUUUUUUGAAGGAGACUGCUACCUACUUCUAAUGACUCAGAAGCUGCACAGCUCUCUCACCUACAACCUCCAUUUCUGGAUCGGCUCAAAGUCCAGUCAGGACGAACAGGGAGCCGCCGCAAUCUACACCACACAGCUGGACGAUUUCCUGGGAUCCUCUCCGGUCCAGUGCAGAGAGGUCCAGGGCCACGAGUCCGAAACCUUUAGAGGGUACUUCAAAAAGGGAAUCAUCUAUAAACAAGGCGGCGUUGCUUCAGGAAUGAGACACGUGGAAACAAACUCAUACGAGGUGAAGAGGCUGCUGCACGUGAAAGGCAAGAAGCAAGUUUGUGCCAAAGAGGUGGAGAUGAGCUGGGAGAGCUUCAACAACGGAGACGUCUUUCUGCUGGAUCUGGGUCUCACUAUUGUCCAGUGGAACGGACCAAAGUGCAACAGACAAGAAAAACUCAAAGGCAUGCUAAUGGCGAAGGACAUCCGGGACAGAGAGCGCGGGGGUCGGGCACAGGUCUGGAUCGUGGAGGGGGACGCGGAGGACAACUCUCCCCGUGCCAUGGAGCUGGUGACGGAGGCUCUGGGGGAGAGGACCGGGGCCCUGAGCGACGGAGCUCCAGACGAGACGGCGGAUCAGGAGCAGAAGUCACAGCUGACUCUCUACCAUGUGUCAGAUGCAGGAGGCCAGAUGAAAGUGGCAGAAGUUGCGUCGCGACCUCUGGUUCAGGACCUGCUCAAUCAUGACGACUGUUACAUCCUGGAUCAGGGAGGGUCCAAGGUGUUUGUGUGGAAGGGCAAGAAAGCCAACAAGGCGGAGAAGCAAGCGGCCAUGUCCAGAGCUCUCGAUUUCAUCAAAUCGAAGAACUAUCCUCCGACCACAAACAUCGAGACGGUGAACGAUGGCGCUGAGUCGGCUGUGUUCAAGCAGCUGUUCCAGAGGUGGACUGGGAAAGACCAGAGUCAGGGCCUGGGCCUAGUCCACUCCAGAGGAAAAGUGGCCAAAAUUCCUCCUGAGAAGUUCGAGGCGACGCUGAUGCACGAGAUGCCGAACGUGGCGGCGCAGGAGCGGAUGGUGGACAACGGCUCGGGUCAAGUGGAAAUGUGGAGGAUUGAGAACCUGGAGCUGGCCCCGGUGGAGCCUCAGUCCUACGGAUACUUCUACGGAGGCGACUGUUACCUGGUGCUGUACACGUAUCUGGUGAACUGCAAACAGCGCAACCUGCUCUACAUGUGGCAGGGCUCCCACGCCUCUCAGGACGAGGUGGCGGCAUCUGCGUUUCAGGCCGUGGACUUGGAUAAGAAAUACGGAGGAGAACCAGUGCAGAUCCGGGUCACGAUGGGAAAAGAGCCCAAACACUUCAUGUCCAUGUUCAAAGGCAAAAUGGUCAUCUUCAUGGGAGGCACCUCUCGGAGCGGCUCCACGGAGGAGGAGCCUCCUGUGCGGCUCUUCCAGAUCCACGGCACUGAUCCGUUCAACACCAAAGCUCUGGAGGUCCAGGCCCAGGCUGCUUCCCUCAACUCUGGAGACGUGUUCCUGCUCAAGAGCCAGAGCGCCCUGUACCUGUGGUGUGGGAAGGGCUCGAGCGGAGACGAGAGACAAAUGGCCCGAGAGGUGGCUGCAGUGAUCGGUCAGAGCGGCUCCGAGGAGCUGGUGUCUGAAGGACAGGAGCCAGAGGAAUUCUGGGAGCUGCUCGGAGGAAAAGCUCCCUAUGCCAACGACAAAAAGUUGCAGCAGGUGGUUCCGGAUCACCAGCCGCGUCUGUUCGAAUGCUCCAAUAAAACCGGACGUUUCGUGGCUUUAGAGAUCGCACAGUUCAAUCAGGACGACCUCAGCGAAGACGACGUCAUGCUGCUGGACACGUGGGACCAGGUUUUCUUGUGGAUCGGUAAAGAAGCGAACGAGGAAGAGCGAAAGGAGGCCUUGAGGACCAGUCAGGAAUACCUCCGCACUCACCCAGGAGACCGGGACCCUGACACCCCCAUCGUGCUCAUCAAACAGGGCUUUGAACCCCCAACCUUCACGGGAUGGUUCGCCGGAUGGGACCCGACAAAGUGGAGCGAAGGAAAGAGCUACGAAGAGCUGAAGGAGGAGCUGGGGCAAGAGGCCGAGCCGGUCGUGGUCGAGCAACAGGCCGAGGAAGUCCCCGAAGAGGAAAAAACCUAUGACUGUUUUCCUCUUGAUGAUCUGGUGAACAAACAGCCCGACGAGCUGCCGGAGGGAGUCGACCCGUCCAAGAGAGAGAAGUAUCUCUCUGACGCUGACUUUGGUGAAAUGUUUGGGAUGACAAAAGAGGAGUUCGACGGCCUGCCGCAGUGGAAACAGCUCAAGAUAAAGAAAGAGAAAGGCCUUUUUUAG